AUGCCCGCCUACAGCAAUGCGAGGGUAAUCCGUGACAUGAAGGCACGAAAUGGUGUUCGAGUUAACGAACUUGCUCGCAGAGCCUACCUCUACGUCUCUCGGAACCAGUCUCUGCCUGCUCAGGUUCGCCACCAAGCCCAGUUACAGCUCAACACCUUUGGGAAAUACACGCGUCCUUCGACGGUCAAAAAUCGCUGCUACGAGACGGGGCGGGGGCGAGGCAUUAUGAGUGAAUUUGCAUUGUGCAGGUUUCAAUUUCGUCAGCAAGCGCUUGCGGGAAAUCUCAAUGGUGUGAAGAAAGCGUCAUGGUAG